AUGCUUCCAAGUCCGAAACAAGGAGCAAUCUAUCCAUUAGGAUUGCCAUUAGCGGGUCUUCAAUUGCCCUUUGAUCUCUUGACAUCCAUCAGUCGUUCAUCGUCAUCAGCUUCAUCAACCGCAUCGUCUUCAUCAUCAACACAAAAGCAACAGCAAUCUGAUCAACCGUUAGAUUUACGUGUUGAACAUAAGAACAAUCAACUAAACGGAUUAAAUGGACUGAAACUCGAUGCACAACAAGCGCAAAGAUUAUCAAAUGCGCAACAUCUUUUUCCACCACAUCCUUCACUUCAUCCGUUGAUGCUUCAAGCGAUUGCAAAAGGCGUUCGUCUCCCGCUACCAUUUAACUCGCCUUUUCCACUUCUGCAGCCGCCUACAUCAUUCGACAUGCAGAGGUUAAAGGAUCAAGACCUUCUCAACAACGUUCCUCAGCUGCUAAGUGUAAAUAAUCAAACAUCAUCGAUCAGCUCGCGCACCAAUCAUAAUAACAAUAAUGUGAAGCAAGUUAACCAUAAUCUAUCAUCGAACUCAGCCAUGACUAACAAGAACAAGGAUCGUUAUGCGUGUAAGUUUUGUGGGAAAGUUUUUCCACGUUCAGCAAACUUAACAAGACAUCUUCGAACACACACGGGCGAACAGCCUUAUAGUUGUAAAUAUUGUGAACGAUCCUUCAGUAUUUCAAGUAAUUUACAACGUCACGUGCGCAACAUUCACAACAAAGAACGACCUUUUAAGUGUGCACUUUGUGAGAGGUGCUUUGGACAACAGACAAAUCUUGAUCGUCAUUUGAAGAAGCACGAAGCUGAUGCAAUUGGCUUAGGUUUAGGAAUUGAUGAAAGAUUAAAAAACAUUCGAAGAAACUCGCGCGGCAUCCCGGAAGACUCAUAUUUUGAAGAGAUAAGACAAUUUAUGGGAAAAGUCACUCAACUGCCAUUACAUUUAAGACAUAUUAAACCCGAAACACAAACAAACUCAUCGUCCCGUAGUUCAUCGCCAAGUGACUUACAUGAAAAUAACAAUGAUAUCAAAUACAACUUAAUGGAUGUUGAUGACAACGUUGAACAAGAGAAAAGGGCGAGUAAUGAUGAUAAUAACAACAACACAAAUGUCACAACUUGA